AGCAUCUCAUCGUCGUGUAUUAGAACUAACUCUAGUCAUGCUCGACCAGUCUUCGCCAGGUGACGCAACUGAUGCUCGUCGAGCCCCCUCUAUCGCAGCUUUUGCGAGUGGUUACCAGAGAGUCGUUUCGCAUUAAACCGCAAAAAGUUUCACAUCCAAUUAUAGAUUCUGUGAAAUUUGUUUGGGAACACUCUCAGAUCAACUACCGUUCGACUUCGCGUCAAGGAGCAAAUGGUCACUCGUUCCACGAUGCAACUCCUCUCUUACUUGCCAUACCUCCUACCUCUCUGUGUUCUCGUGAAUGCUCAGGACACGGAUAUCAACCUGGUAAAGUAUACCGUCGAAACAGCUAACAUUCCGUUCGACCUGGGCAUUUUCUUUGAUCCUACCGACCUUCUCGAAGUUACUUUCCCACAGAACGGAACAGCUCCGAGCAUCACUCUUAAAGCAGGAGAUUUCCUUAACCAGAACCAAACUGGUGGUCCCCCGACCUUUGCUCUCACCGGCAGCGCGGGCACAGGUCCUUUCGUCGUGGCAGCAGUUGACCCAGACGCGCCCACUCCCGUCAAUCCCACUGAAGCUCAAAUCCGUCAUUUCCUCGGUGGAAAUUUCACUGCUGGGGCCGAUGGCGCUUUGACCAACAGCACACCUGCCAUCUCCGAGUUUUUGCAGCCUAAUCCCCCUCUCACCUCUACAGCUCACCGAUAUAUUUUCCUGGUCUUUGAGCAGUCCGAUGAGUUCAGCUCGCAAACAUUGGUUACUCCUGAGACUUCGAGGGAUGACUUUAACAUCAGCGCGUUUGCCGCUGCUACUGGACUCGGAAACCCGAUCGCAGGAACUUUCAUGGAAGUUUGGCCUGUAAACAGCCCCACUCCUCCUGACGUAUAGUGUGGAUGUCUACGUCUUGCUAUAAUACGACGUCGAAAGUUAAGACAGACAGGGACGACAGGGAACGGGCUGCAGCCCGGAAUCUGACUGUAUAUGUUGUAUAUAUCAUUAACUAUAUGGUUGAAUCAUGGUCCAAGCCAUUGUGUACAAUCUCGUCGACCACGGUCCGAAUUUGGAAGAACAAAGCUCAAUAAUAAAUGAAAUUUGAAGUUGCACCAGUGCUUUGAACUUGAACGGAGCUAUUGUCUUCGAGAAUACACUGUCGCAAUAUGGUUUAUAUAUAGUCAAUAUUAUACCACUUCAAUUAGGACGCGCGCAUAGUGUCCGUCCUUGAUUGGAUACUGAGAUUUUGAAUUUGGAC